GAUAGUCAAGAAUAUGACAUCACUCAGGGAAAUAUAUUCACAGUGGGAAAUAUUAGGGAAUUAGAGUAAUAUUGACAUACACAGUGUAUCAUGCCUUAACAUGACAGCAUUAGCCUUCUGUGUGUGUCAAAAAAGAACGGCUAGAAGCUUAAUGUGAUAUUUUCCACCAUUUCUAUUCCCUUUUUCAUACAUUCAUUCAUUUAUACUUUUAAGAACUUAUUUUUGUUAUUUAAACUCUGGAAAUAGAGAUUGGCUGGUAGUGACCCGCCUCCUGCGUUAUGAUUGGCUGGUUCACACUCUGGCGUUUGCCGAUUGGACAGCAAAAUAAGUAAGUGCCGGAAUCUGUCAUAGUACCGGACAGAGGUAAACAAACCUCGAACACCAAGCCAAGUCAAAUAAACGUUUCCUGUCACUUGUGUAUUUAUUUAUUUGUUUGUUUAUCUCUCUAUCCAAAAAAAAUAAAAUAAGCAAAUAUGCAGGCGCACUGAGACUGUAUAAAUCACUCCUAAUAUGCUAGCUGGCAUUGUGAAACAGCUGCUUAAGCAGACUAGCAUGCUAACAGGCUAAGCGUUAGGUUAAUGAUUUGCUUACCUAAUCAUCUUUUUUUUUUUUUUUUUUUUAGGUAGGUUAGAUAAAGGGUCGAUAGCGCAAACAGCCAAGCAGACGAGAGAACAUGACAUCGCUUAAAUUUUGCGCAAACAUCUCCUGGUUGUUCACGGAGCUGCCCGAGUUGAGUGAGAGACUGCGAGCAGCUGCGUGUGCGGGUUUCCAGGCUGUGGAGGCGGCUUGGCUGUACGGCUCUGACCUGAGAGAGCUGCAGAAAGUCCGAGAGGAAAGUGGACUGCAGGUGGCUCUUAUUAACACUCCCCCGGGUGAUGUAAAGAAUGGUGAGCUGGGCCUGGGUGCUGUGCCUGGGAGAGAGCAGGAUUUCAGACAGGGUUUGGCUCAGGCUGUACAGUAUGCUAAAGCACUGGACUGCAAGAGGAUCCAUGUGAUGGCAGGGCGGGUACCUGCAGGGGCACAGCUGUCUGAGGUUGGUGUGGAAAUGGAAACCACCUUUGUGCAGAACCUGAAACAUGCUGCUGAUAUUCUAUCAAAGGAGGGCAUUAUGGGAUUGAUUGAGCCUAUCAACACAAGGAUAACUGACCCUCAAUACUUCCUGGACUCGCCACAUCAGGCAGCUGCAAUCCUUCAGAAAGUUGACCAUCCAAACAUGAAACUACAGAUGGACAUUUUCCACUGGCAGAUAAUGGACGGGAACCUGACGCAGAACAUCCGGAGAUAUUUCCCCUUAAUAGGUCACAUCCAGGUUGCUCAAGUUCCUGAUCGCCAUGAACCCGAUAGUCCUGGAGAGAUCAACUUCCCCUACAUCUUUAAGCUGCUGGAGGAACUGGGCUACCAGGGAUAUGUGGGUUGUGAAUACAAACCUCUGGACGGCCUUAUCCAGAGCAACUUACAUAUAUUCCAUUUAUACAACUGAGCAGCUGAUGGUUAAGGGCCCGACAGUGGCAGCUUGGUGGUGCUGGGAUCAUGACCUUCUGGUCAGAAGUCCAAUGCCUUAACCACUGAGCUACCACUGCAGCUGCACCACUGCAACAGAAAAUAUUCGAGAUGUGUUUAGAUAUUUUAGACAGGUAAGCCUACUAGAGCAAGUAAGACUCCGCGGUGCACUGGUAUCUUCAGGACGCGAUCCUUGAAUUCAUACAACGAAGCCACAAACAUUCCUUUUUUUUUUUUUGCAAAUAAAAUUUUAUUAGUUGUGAUACAGUGAAGAACAGUCCAAAACAUUGGCUCAAGUAGCUUCUUUGGGCCAAUCAUAUUGUGUGAAUUGUCCAGCAUCCCCCAGUUCUAGUUUAUACGAAGCUCACUUUCAACAAAGAUUACAGGGAGAAGAAAAAAAUUGUCAGCCGCAAAUGCAGCAUUGAAUUCCCAAUUUUAUCUUUUUAAAACCCAUACUUAGCCCUAGUAAUGCUCUGAUUUGUAGUUGAAACUCAGAGCCUGUUUUUUUUUUUUUCUUUUCCCAGCAAGUCACUUAGUUUAUGCCUGUCAAAGCUUUACAACGGUGCUAUUUUUCAGACAAAAGCCUUAAGUUAUAGAAGUGUUCUUUGCCAGCAUAAAGAGCAUCAGGAUUGUAAGAAAAUAAGCCGUGCAUUGUAAUCUUAACAUCAAGGACGUAAAGAGGCAACUCGGUCACAGCUGCAGAUUUAUGAAUCUGAUUAUAAUUUUAUGAAGUGCAAAUCCUUAAUCAGCUCACAGUAUCUGUGUGUGAUUACUUCUGACAGGUCGCUGUAGUCUAACCAGCUUCACUGCGAUGAUCUAAAUACACGUAUCUUGUUUAAGCUAGUUAUAUCUUGCUGUGGAACUUUAAAGCAAGCGCACAUAGCCGGAUAACCAAUCAAUCAUGAAUGUUUCAUGUUACUUAUUCAUCGAAGAAGUAUGUUUAAAACAAAACUACUCAGAGAUAUGUGGAUAAAGUAUAGACUAGCGUAAAUAUGUUGGCUUCUACCAUUUAUUAUUGGAACAAAAACCUGGAAAAUACAAGAGACAGCUGGAGGUUGACUUUGUUGCUUUUUAAAUUAGAGCAACAACCAAGAAUAAAAGAGAAUUGUAAUGCAAAUGUGAAGUCUUUUAUAUGAAAGUAGAUAUUUAUUUACUUUUUGUCACAAAGGCCAGUUUGUAAUGAAUAUAAAAAUGUUCAAAGAGGUGUGUUUGUUUUUUUUUUUUUGCUGAAAUGGUUCUCUACUCUUUGCAGGUUCUACAGAAAAUGGCCUGGGUUGGCUGAAAAAGUACCAGGAGAGUAAACACGGACAGUCACAUGUGUAAAACCACAUCCUGUUCACUACAUAGUGCAGUGAUUUUGUACACGUCUGUAAUCCUCACUCACGAAAUCAACAAAGCACCUCAACAAGUAGCUUCCAAACGAUGUUAUUAUAAUUGAUAUGGAAGAUCGAUAAUGACUAUCCAAACCGUGGACCUUUGACAACAUUUAUUUAGAUAGGGUCCGUGUGAUUAAAAUGCUUUCGAACACAUCCGCAGCGAUCUGAUGAUGGUGAAACUAGAGCUCCUGACAAAAUUAUACAUGAUUGAUUUUAUUAAAACAGGUCAAUCGAAUCACAUUGUCACUGCGCACUCUUGAGGCGUUGUCUCACCAAAAACACUAACCCCCUGACUUGCUGACACUACAGCAACCAUUUUACUAAAUUAGAAAUUAGUUACUGAGUCUGCUGUAGUCCACCUUGUGGCCUAUAUAGUUUAUAGAGUGUGGUUUGGGACCAGUCCCAUGUUUCAGCCUUAUUAGAAUAUAAUAGAGCCGUUUCUGUCAGCUACCUGCUGUCAGCAACAUUUAAUCUAGGAGGAAAUCUCUUACUCCCAUAUACUGUACAGGGAGAUUUAGCACGUAUCGCCUGCUUCGCAGAAACUAAGGAUAGAAAAUGUAAGCACAUUUUCAGAAAUUGGGGCAGUAAUUACACAGCUUUACUGAUGGGACUGUUUGGAUGGAGCCUUUUAGAAGUUUAGGGUGCUCUGUUGAGGACUGACUGUACACCAAUACAUACUCGAGAGAGAUUCUAUGAUGAAAUUGCUAUGAUGCCGAAGUUUGUAAAUUUCACAAUGUAGUAUUUUGUUAGGAAAGGGACAAUAGGUGCACAUGGCAAGAGUGUUGUGGUGGAUUUUUAAAAACCAUGUACACUUUAUUAAAACACACUUACCUUGCUAGUCCAUAUCUUUGUCCAGCACAGUGUGUAUGAAUCGUGUAAAAUCACACUGUGCGUCAGUGUGAUUUUUCCCAACCUUAGGAUGCUGUUGACUUGAAAAGUUAUUAAAUCUUAUGAAUUUUAAGGUCAUCUUAUCUGUCAAUAUGUUGUACUUUUGAGCCUACGGUUUAACAUCUUGUAGUCUUGUAGUCGCAAAUGAUCUUUUGAGAUUUUUCUGGUUUCACAUUUUACGUUUAACGUACUGAUCACUGGGUUUACUUAACGUUUGCAUAACUUUGUAAGAGAAGGCAAGCAGACAAGAAACUUGGAGUAAAAAUGUCCACAUUUUACUCGUCAACGCGUUAUUUUUCCCUUUUGUUUAGGUCUAAAAGAAUUGUAAAAAUUAUAUUUUAAAAACCAGGUCUCACACACACACACACACACACACACACACACACGUUACCAUGUCAUCGGCACUACUUUGCGGAGAAUCCUCCACCACCCGGUCAUCUCUGUCCGUCUAAAGGGACGAUGAUCAAUACAGUAACUGUACACCGACAAAGAGACCUAAGUAUAUGGCAACUCUACGUGGUGUAUUCUUAAUCCAGGAGUCAGCGAUUCAGGU